UGCAUCCUAGUUGGAGUACGUAAAAAAGUUCAACUUGUUGGCUCUUUCCACAAUCGUUUUCCCGUCAAAAGAAAUGUGUCAUGGAUUGCCAAUACGGCAGCAAAGUUUGACAAAAACUUCAACCACACCCUAAAAUCCGCCCAAUAAUCGACAAUCAACCCACCCCAUUACUUCUUUGAAAUUUCUUCUUUUUUCACAGGAGCCACAAAAAAUCGAGGGACUCUGACAGAGAAGGUUUGGGAAUUGGAAAGAUGUGUCCGCUGAGGCUGAUCCUGAUUUUCUUGUCCGCAACUCUCGCCGGUUUUUUCGUCAUUAGAAACCUCAAAUCUCAGCCCCAAGCUAACGAUGAAGAUGAACCCCAAACCAACACCAACAUCAACGACGACGACAACUCCCUCUCUGCCUUCUCCAAGGUUCGGACAGCUAUAGAAUCAGGAUUCUGGACAUGUGUUGACAUGGCAAGUGGUCGUUACUUGUGGAGGCAUUUGGUUUCCUCAAACUCAAAGCGUUCCACUUGAUCUCCUUCCUCAAAUUUUUCUUCUUUGGUUACAUUUGAACAGGUUUGAUUGGGUGAUUCAACAAAUCUUAUGCAAAAACCAACAUUGAUUUUGCUGUUGUUGACCCUUUGGUGCGGUUAUUAUUGUUGUCGCUGGUGAUUGCAAAUUGUUACCAGGAUGUAGCAUUUACCUGUAUUCCAACAACUGCUGUUGUAUAUAAAUCCUAGAUCUUACUCUACUUGUAACUUGACUCUGAGAUUGACAGUAAAUAAAUGGACUUUCUUCUCAAUUUAUGGGGAGUUAUAUUA